AAUUUUUUUUUAUAUACAUACAUAUAUCAUCUAUCGGGGUCAAAGUCAAAGUUGCAUUACAAGAUGGUGAAAAUGCGGCGACGCCAAGUGAAGCGCAUGAUGAACAAGCUGAUCUACUUCAUAGUCUCAAUAAUAUUGCUGUCCUUCUUCACCACAAUGCUGGUAGAGCGCCGACUGCGCAAUGUUGAUGAUCCCACCACGGUCGCAACGGAUUUCAAUGGCGAUCCCGUUACGCCAGAAGUACCACGUGUGCGCAUACGCACGCACCGCCCGCCGAAGCCACCGGUACAAGAACGCAUGGCGAUGCCAAUACAUGAGGCGGUUGAUGACAGAGCGUCGGUUGAUGCCAGUGCGGCAGCGAGCGGCAAAUCUGAGGAAGUGACAAAAAUUGUGAAGGGAAUAUUUACAGUACCCGAAGCCGUGGGUGAGAAGAAAGAUUGGGAGGAUUCGGAACAGAUGGAACGUGAUGCGAAGCGCAAAGGUUUGGGUGAACAUGGUGUAGCAGCAUAUGUAAAUGACGAAAGUCUAAAGGAGCUGGAGAAGGAAAUGUCGCUGGACAAUGGCUUCAACGCCUUACUAUCGGACCUCAUAUCAGUAAAUAGAUCGGUGCCAGAUGUCAGGCAUGAAGACUGCCGUCACAGACCUUACCUCGCCAAGUUGCCCUUGACCAGCAUAGUCUUACCGUUCUAUAACGAACACAUCACGGUGCUACAGCGCUCACUGCACAGCAUCGUCAACCGCACGCCCCGUGAAUUGUUGAAAGAAAUCAUCAUCGUUGACGACAACAGCGACCGUGAGUAUCUUAAAACCGAGCUUGAAGAAUAUUUGUCGGAACACUUCGGCAAUCUGGUUAAAAUCGUACGCUUGCCCGAGCGUUCAGGCCUGAUAACCGCGCGCUUAGCAGGUGCACGCGCAGCCACCGGCGAUGUUAUAGUCUUCUUCGACUCGCACAUCGAGUGCAAUUACAAUUGGCUACCGCCACUGAUCGAACCGAUCGCGGUUAACUACAAAAUUUCAACUUGUCCGAUUGUGGACAUUAUUCAUCAUAGCGACUUUGAAUAUCGCGGCGAACAGGAGCAGAGUUCACGUGGUGCUUUCGAUUGGAAAUUUCGCUAUAAACAAAUAGAUCUACUGCCGGAACAAUUACUGAACAAGACAGCGCCUACGGCAAAUCCCAUUAUGAUGGGUGGACUGUUCGCGAUAAGUCGACAAUUCUUCUGGGAGUUAGGUGGCUAUGAUGAGGGCUUAGAUAUCUGGGGCGCUGAACAGUAUGAGCUCAGCUUAAAGAUUUGGAUGUGCGGCGGCAUGCUUUUCGAUGUGCCGUGUUCGCGUGUGGCGCACGUCUUUCGUGGACCGAUGAAGUCACGACCAAGUCCGCGCAAACACAACUUUUUUGGAAAGAAUUGCAAGCGCGUUGCCGAAGUAUGGCUGGACGAGUACAAAAAGUACAUCUACAUGCGCAACACAGAGGAGUACGCAGCCAUCGAUGCUGGAGAUUUAACGGCGCAACGCGCUGUGCGCGAACGCCUCAACUGCAAGCCCUUUAAGUGGUUCUUAGAAGAAGUAGCGCCUGAUAUGUUGUUGAAGUAUCCACCCGACUUUCCGCCAACUUAUGCCUCGGGCGCAAUACAAAGCGCCGCCUAUCCACACUUCUGCCUUGAUACUAUGAAUAGAAAAAGCGAAGAAGCUGUGGGUCUCUUCUACUGCGCUGACAAUAAAACACAUCCGCACAGCAAUCAAGACUGGGAGUUAAGUUUUUCGCGCGAUUUGCGGCAUCGCGACAGCGAAAUGUGUUUGGACGUGCAGUCGAUGCAAGAAAACGCGACAGUUUGGAUGUGGCCCUGCCACGAGCAGGGUGGCAACCAGUUCUUCUUUUAUGAUCGCGAACAUCAGUGGCUGGUAAAAGGCCAAAGUGGACACAUGUGCCUAGAGGCGUUUGUUGAAGGCGAAGAGCAUGCAGUCUAUGCGAAUAUGUGCGACAACUCCAAUCCGCGCAUGAAGUGGAUCUUCGGCAUGGUCAAUGACACCGCACUGGACGCCUUCCACGAGCAGCUGCCGCUCAACGCCUAAUACUUGAAUUGUAUUCUUAACUAUGUUAAUAUAUUUAAAUGUCUACAUCUAGCUUAUAAAUGUCAUGAGUCCGUGCGUCUUCCCAGUUGCUGCCACUU